GUAGAUUCUUUUCUCUGAUUGGUCGUCUACGUCAUAUGCGGUAGUAUCUUCCUGCAGCAAUGGCAGCAAUGACAGCAAUGGAGAUAGAAAAGCGGCGUGGGAGAAAUUCUGCACUGGCCAUCGCCGCUGUGGUCAUCCUUCUUGGCUUGCCGUUAUGGUGGAAGACCACAGAAACAUACCGCGCCUGGCUCCCAUAUUCCCAAAUCUCUGAGCUCGACUCCUUACAGCUCCAGUUAAGCGUCGAUGUCGAGGUGGUGUUUUCUCGAGGAACCCUGAGCCCAGAGCAGCAGAAGAAGGUCCCGCUCAGUCAGGCCAAAGAGCAGGAGCACCAGGUAGAUGCUAAGAACCUGCUGCGGUAUAGGUACGAAACCAAGUAUCGCACGGCUACCGUCAUGGAAGAAGACGCUUUAAAUCAGCCCACAGCUCAAGAGGCGGAUCUUUCUCUGCACGUGCUCAGUGAGAGCGCUUGUGGCUCUGUCGUGGUGUACGUCAUCCCCGAGUCGUCCACCUUGCUACCAGCUGAUGUGAAAGUAUUUGUGGGUCAGUGGCGCACUGCUUUGCUGCGUGCCGCUCCGCUUCCACCUGCCGGGAGUCUGAAGGAGGUGCUGUCCGCUCUGGAGCCUCAGGUCAAGCAGGUGAUCGACACCAUGUCCUUUAGCCACCAGGAAAUCGUCGGCGCUCUGAGCGACCGCAUCCGCAUCAGCCAGGUCAGCAAGGAGAGCCUGGUCGACAGCAUGAGGGCCAUCAAGUCCAGUCCAGGUUAUGAAAUCACGUUCAGCCUCUUGAACCCCGACCCCAAAUCCCACAGCCUGCACUGGGACAUCGAAGGAGCUGUUCAUAGCUACAUCCAGCCUCUUCUGAACAAACUGACCCCGAUAGCGAACUUCUCCGUGGACUCGCAGAUCCUGUACUACGCAGUGUUGGGGGUCAACCCUCGUUUUGACAACACCGUAUCAGCGUACACUCUCAACGCAGCCAGCCUGGCGCACGUCAUCAAUCCUGUGGAAGCAAGGCUAGGCUCCAAUGCUGCGUCUUCAUACCCGGUGCUGAACUUCCUGCUGUAUAUACCCGAAGCCCAUCACUCUCCGCUCUUCAUCAGAGACCACGGGAAGAAGGAAGUGUCUUCAAACGCCUUCCACAGCCCCCGCUGGGGAGGGAUAAUGGUGUACAACGUGAACGACAUGUACGGACCUGAGGCGGAAUUUCCUGUCGAUAUCAACAUCGACAUGGCCAAAGUUAUGGGUGUCUUCUUGGCACAGUUAAGGCUGUUAUUGGGAGUACAUAAGACACAACCUCCUCCCGGUUUCGUUCUGCAGAGCCCAGGCAGCGCAGGAUUGGCCGAUUGGGAGCUGGACCGGCUGCUGUGGAGUCGCAGCGUAGAGAACGUGGCUACCGCUACGACCACCAUCACCUCGCUCGCUCAGCUCCUCGACCAGAUCAGCAACAUCGUUAUUAACGACAACAUCGCCCAGCAGGUGUCCAGUGCGGUGACGUCGCUCCAGGCUGCCAUGGCGGAGCUGGAGGCCGGGAACUUGGCCUUCGCCCUGCAGUACAGUCGGGAGGCCAUAUUGGCUUCUGAGAGAGCGUUUUUCGACCCCUCUCUUUUGCAUCUGUUAUACUUCCCUGACGACCAAAAGUUUGCCAUUUACAUCCCUCUCUUCUUGCCCAUGUGUGUGCCCAUUGUGCUCUCGCUGCUAAAGAUCGUCAAUGAGAUUAGACAGAAACGUGCUGACAAGCUGGCCAAAAAAGACUGAGAGAACACUAAUGCACACGCGGAAUCCGUUGGUGCGUGUGAAUGUUGUUUCUACGCACUGAUUUUUCAUUACACUGUACGUUGUUACUAAAGACAGUCUGUUGUGUAGAUAUUUACAGUCAUAUACAAGGACUGUGUUGUCUGUUUAAAGGCUGGAAAGCAUAAGUACUUUUCAGAUUCCUUUGGAGUCACCUUUUGAACCGAACCGUUUGUGUUUUCGGGUAUUUUUUGCGCCCACCGAGGGGAGGAGCGCUCGUCACGCCAGUGUUCAUUCAUACAUUUAAAGAUUUUUUUUUUUUUCCAUAGUAUCGAAGAAAUUUUCAUUUAACUAAUUACUUCCUCUUCUAAAACCCAGGUUUAUCAGGGUUCAGCACAAUUUACAGCCCAGCUACAUCUUUAAAACCACACAAAAGACCUGAAACUAACCGAAAAAGUUUGGAUAUCGGAAAAGCCAUAUUAAUUUUCCUUCUUUUUCCGCAGUCUUUGCCUGGGGAAACCAGGUCACUGAGGUGUGCACCAUUGAUCUCAUUCACAGUAUCUGCAAUAAGCCCUUUUUUUUGGUCAUCGCUUAUUAUGAACAUUAUGUGGUGUUGGUACGUGGUGUCCAUUUAAAAAAAAAAAAAUUAUUAGUCUUGUUUACUCUAUAAAAUCUUAACAUAAGGGCAAAAGCAUGUUCUAAUGAAAUUGUUAAACUGUCCUGUAAGUUUUGGCUUGAGCUACAUUGUCGAAACAUCUGGGACGUAUUUAAUAUGUAAAACAUUUUAAGUUUGUACUAUAACUUCUUUAUCCCCCCCCCCCCCCAUUGUAGUCUAUUGGCUCAAUAUCAAAUUGAUACCGAUCCAUAUCGGCUCAGUCUGUUUGCUCAAUCCAGAUGUGAGAAUCUGUUUGUUGUUCUCUCUUUGUAAUUUGAUAUUACUUAAAUUACAACAUUAUGUAUUCAUUUAC